GGCGAGUAUUCCUCUCUCAUCACUGUUUUGCAUCCGGCUUGGUAAAUCGAUCAAUGACUACUCUUCCGCUCUCAACACACUGAUUACUCCUUAUCUAUCUCCAGCCCUUCCUGCCGUCAAUCUGAAUUUUCCGGUCGGUCAGGGCAGAUUGCAGCACGCUCCUUAGGACUGAUCCUUCGUCGGUUCGUCAUGCUUCAAACGCAAAGUCAGCACGUCUUCUCUCAUCAGCAUCAGUAUCCGCAGGCUGAUGCCGCCUGGUUGCAGCAUCAGCAGCAGCAGCAUCAGGCCCAGCACCACCCGCACCAAGCCCAGCAACAUUCCUCGCUAGUCGCUCAGCAGCAUGCCCAGGUCCAGGCGGCCGCAGCUGCCGCCGCCGCAGCUCAGCAACAGCACUACUCGAGGAUAGCCAUGGCCGGCACCGGUGCCAUGACCAACAACGCCGCAGCGAGCAAUACCACUCAGGGACUGGGAGUCGGAGGCGUUGGUGGGGAUGGCGCGUUGUCGAGUGCGAUGUCGAUGAUCGAUGGCGGAGUCAGCGAUGAAAACCGGAAGGUCUUUAUUUGGGUUGCGGAGCUCCUGGAUUCGAAUCGCAGGGAAGCUGCUUUAAUGGAGCUCAGCAAGAAGAGGGAACAGGUACCCGAGCUGGCACUCGUUAUCUGGCAUUCUUUUGGUGUCAUGACCGCGUUACUACAGGAAAUCAUCUCCGUGUACCCGCUGUUGAACCCGUCUCAACUUACCGCUGCCGCAUCAAAUAGGGUUUGCAACGCUUUGGCUCUGCUACAGUGUGUAGCCUCUCACAAUGAGACCCGCACUCUCUUCUUGAAUGCCCAUAUCCCUCUGUUCCUUUACCCCUUUCUGAAUACAACCUCGAAAUCCCGGCCGUUCGAGUACCUCCGUCUUACUUCGCUAGGAGUAAUCGGUGCGCUUGUUAAAAACGACUCUUCAGACGUCAUCAACUUCCUCCUCACGACUGAAAUAAUUCCGCUCUGUCUUCGGAUCAUGGAAACCGGCUCCGAGCUGAGCAAAACAGUGGCCAUCUUCAUUGUUCAAAAGAUACUGCUGGAUGACAUCGGCCUAGCGUACAUUUGCGCGACCUAUGAGAGGUUCUACGCGGUGGGAACAGUUCUGAGCAACAUGGUUACUCAGUUGGUUGAGCAGCAGACCGUGAGACUUCUCAAGCAUGUUGUGCGCUGCUUCCUUCGGCUGAGCGAUAAUAGCCGUGCUCGCGAGGCCUUGCGCCAAUGUCUGCCUGAGCCUUUACGUGACGCCACCUUUUCCUCGGUCCUCCGCGACGACGCAGCAACGAAGCGGUGUCUCGCCCAACUUCUCAUCAACCUCUCCGAUAACGUGUCCGACGGCGCAGCGGGUGUUGCUAUGUGA